CGCGCUGCGCCGCUGUACGGUCUCGUGCAUCGCGCUCCGCGAAGUCGGGAGCCCGGUCGAAGACCCGCACACUCAGGCUGGUGGCCCAACACACGUCCUCCCGGUUCUCCCAGGACGUCCACGUCCGCUGUGAACGCACGCCCCGUACUCAGGGCGAUCCGUACCAGCGGAGAGCGGUAGUCUGUCGGCCUGCGAACGCUCCCACGCUGCGCGUUAUAAGGCCCGCGCCCUCCUCUGCGCGUGUCUCCUCCCCCGCCUCGCACGUAUGGCAGAUACACCAAACUACACCUGGUUCAUCACCGGCGCGAACCGCGGCAUCGGCCUCGAGCUCACGAAGCAGCUCCUGGAAAGCCCCGCGAACACCGUCCUCGCCGCGUGCCGCAAUCCCCCGGAAGCAGACGCGCUCAACGCGCUCGCGGGUAAGGGGCGCGUGCACGUCCUCCCGCUCGAGAUCACGGACCGGGAGAGUGUAAGGGACGCGGUGAGGGCCGUGGGCGAGAUCGUGGGCGAGCGGGGGCUGGACUAUCUCGUGAACAACGCUGCUAUCAACGUGGAGGAGUGGGACGCGCCGUCGACCCUCCAGCCGGAGGUGAUGCAGGCCGUCUUUGACACGAACGUCGUCGCGCCCGCGUACAUCACACAAGCAUUCCUCCCGCUCGUGGAGAAGAGUAAGAAGAAGACGGUGGUGAAUGUGUCGAGCACGCUGGGGAGCCUGGGCGCGGACGGCUUUGGGACGCGCUCGACGAGCUAUGCGAUUAGUAAGGCCGCGCUGAACAUGGUGACGUAUAAGCAGCAGAAGGAGCGCCCGGAUAUCGUGUUCAUCUCGAUGUGCCCGGGGUGGCUCCGCACGGAUAUGGGCGGGGAGGACGCGCCGAACGACGUGGCGACGGGCGUGGCGGGCGUGUUGAAGACGAUCGAGGGGCUCACGCUGGCGGACUCGGGCAAGUUCUUCAAUUUUAAGGGGGAGAUCGUGCCGUGGUGA